AUGGCAGCAGCACUAACUUGGAUUCCUCUCCUUGUAGGUCUUCUGGCAGGGUUGAGGGACACCAAUGCCCAGCAGACAACCUUAUAUCCACUCGUGGGUCGUGCUUUUGUGCAUCCCUUGGAACAUGCCACCUUCCUGCGCCUUCCAGAACACAUUGCGGUGCCACCUACUGUCCGACUCACGUACCAGGCCCACCUCCAGGGACAUCCAGACCUGCCCCGGUGGCUGCGCUACACACAGCGCAGUCCCUAUAACCCUGGCUUCCUCUAUGGUACUCCCACUCCAGAAGAUCGUGGACGCCAGGUCAUCGAGGUCACAGCCUACAACCGGGACAGCUUUGACACCAGUAGACAGCGACUGCUGCUGCUGAUCGAGGACCCCGAAGGUCCCCGGUUGCCGUACCAAGCCGAGUUCCUGGUGCGCAGCCAUGAUGUGGAAGAGGUUCUGCCUUCCACACCUGCCAGCCGCUUCCUCAACGCCUUGGGGGGACUCUGGGAGCCAGGGGAGCUCCAGUUGCUCAACAUCACUUCCGCCUUGGACCGUGGAGGUCGUGUCCCUCUUCCCAUUGAGGGCCGGAAGGAAGGGGUAUACAUCAAGGUGGGCUCUGCCACGCCCUUCUCCACCUGCCUGAAGAUGGUGGCAUCACCUGACAGCUAUGCCCGUUGUGCCCAGGGACAGCCUCCAUUACUGUCCUGCUACGACACCUUGGCACCCCACUUCCGUGUUGACUGGUGCAAUGUGUCUCUGGUGGACAAGUCAGUGCCGGAGCCCCUGGAUGAAGUGCCUACUCCAGGUGACGGGAUCCUGGAGAAUGACCCAUUCUUCUGUCCACCCACUGAGGCCACAGGCCGAGACUUCCUGGCAGAUGCCUUGGUCACCCUCUUGGUGCCCUUGCUGGUGGCUCUACUGCUCACCCUGCUUCUGGCUUACAUCAUGUGCUGUCGGCGUGAAGGACGGCUGAAGAGAGACAUGGCCACCUCUGACAUCCAGAUGGUUCACCAUUGCACCAUCCACGGGAAUACAGAGGAGCUUCGGCAGAUGGCAGCCAGCCGUGAGGUGCCCCGGCCUCUUUCCACCUUGCCCAUGUUCAAUGUACGCACAGGAGAGCGGUUGCCUCCUCGAGUGGACAGCGCACAGGUGCCCCUCAUCCUGGACCAGCACUGA